UUAGGUAGGAAGCCAUCAUUUUCAUUUGGCAACAUUGUGCAGAAAGUUUUUUUCACAACAAAAAGCCACCGAAAACGCUAAAAUUAAGCAACCAAAUGUUUGCGAAAAGCACUAUAAACCUCUAAGCCACCGUCGAGCGUGCGUGCGAGUGUGCGUGUGUCUGUGUGGGCGUGGGAGCAACACAGCAGCACACAACAACGGCAGCAGCAGCAGCAUCGCCCAGCAGAGGGACACCAGCGGCGGCAGGGGAAAACACGUAAAGGAAAAACUCUCUUCGGCAUACAGCUGCAAAUCAGCGCGCCCCCGCCGAACGGAAAGCGCCUGCCCCCCCACGAAUUAUGGACAAGAAAUCCUCGCCGGUGCGACGACAAAAGCGGCAGGCGAAGGUGAUCGAGGAGAACUUUUGGGACUGCAGCGUUUGCACCUACAGAAACUCGGCGGAGGCCUUCAAGUGUCAAGUGUGCGACGUGCGGAAAGGCACCUCCACGCGCAAGCCGCGCCUGAACUCAGCGCUAGUCGCCCAGCAGGCCGCCACAUUGCCGGGAGCCAGUGGCAAUAUGCCCAAUGGGAAGUCCGCCUCGGGAUCGCGACAUGGCAGCGGGCAUGGCAGGCAGCGACAUAAACGUUAUCCCGCCCGAUUGAAGAACGUGGAUCGAUCCACAGCACAAACGCGCGAGGUAACGGUCAAUUCGGUGACCGUAUUCAUUACAGAGUACAAGGCCAAGCCAGUGAGCAGCCGGCGGGAGUCCAGCGAGCAGAGCUUCAGCGAAAGCAACGAUAGCCGGAGCUAGAGGGAGGAUCAUCCGUGGCCUCGGCCCCCCAGCCCCAGGCACACCCAGAGCCAGACCCAGAGCUCUGUGGAUCCGAGUCCUGCUGCUCUACGGUCCCCGAUCCCGGUUUCGGUCUCGAUUCCCUGUUACAAGUUGUAAAUUCUAAGUGUUAGGCCGCCGGCGCAAAACGGAAAACAAUUGUAAAUCGAAAUCCAUUUAAGUUAUCAAGUAUUAGGCCACGUUCAAAGCAGCAGCAGCAGAAGCAGCAUGCGCCAAGCCCCGCCCCUCAAAAACGUUCAUGACUUCCAGCCCAGGCCAAGAAGCGAAGAGAAGCGAAGCGACGAGUCGAUUGCAUUUACACGACGCUCUCCAGUAUCCAAUCUUUGAAAUGCGCUAGAAACCCUGUACAUACCGAUGCAUGAUGAGUUCCGUUCCCCCAUGAAUAUCUCUGUCUCUUAUUGUAAUUUUAGUUGUAAUUGUAAUCCAGCUACUAUAAUUCUAAUUCUAAUUCCUAAUUUAUUGAUGAGAAGAAGGCAACUCUAUGUACAUGUCCAACAAAGAUAUCAUUUGUUUCGUAAGUGUCGAAUUAAAAUAUGGUUUACCUAAGUACAAGCAAAUCUCAAUGUUCCCACUAGCAGCGACUCCCAACUCCAAAUGGUUUGUGUAACUUGUAGUUUUUAAUCUAUGUUUUUUUUUAUGUCCUACUACCUACUAGACAAUGCUGCUUGACAACGAAGAAAGAUGUGAGAGAAUGAAAGGGAGUACGAGGUGAAGAGAGCCUUUGCUUGGUUGUAGACAAUUUGCUAAUUUUAAUUUGUUUAUACACAAGACUGAUUAAGCGUUACCAAGCCCGAGUCCGACUUUCAUUUGGUUUUCACCCGAGGAGUUGAUCCAAGCUAAACAUAAAAACAAAACAAUAGACGAAUACUCGAACUCGCAAAAAGUGAAUUUUGUACUUAGCAGAGCUUAAAGGCUCUUCCACCAUAGAAAUAAUUACUUAGCAAACAAAACAAACAGAUUUUUGAUAUGAACGAUUGUAUUUAAUAUUGGAUAAAUGAUAUAAUGGUUUAUAAUGUGCUUGAUAUUUGUAUUUUGAGAUAGAUUAUUUAGCCACACACACACACUGACACACACGAGGUCACCUAAUACACAAACAAUACUCAAAACUGCCGACUGUAGUCAAUGAAAUAACUUCCAAUAGACACACCAAACUUCAAACAUUAAACAUUAACAAUUAAUAUCAACAGUUUGCAUUAAUCAGCAGCAACAAAAACGGAAACUUAAGCUAACGCAAUUAAAGCCACCCCAAACCACAGAUAGUUAAAACUUAAAUUCAAAUUGUAAAGCAUCAACUUUUAAAGCAUUAUAAAAUACAUUAAAUAAAUUUCGAAAAUGCUAUUCCAAA